CAGAAGUUACAAUAGAGUUAUAAUAAAGUACAGAAAUUAAUGCUGUCACUUGUCAGGUUCUUGGCUCUUGUGGGAAGAUACUAGCCAAAGCAAGAUGAAAUGAACUUUUCCAAUCUGUUUCCAACAACAACCCAUGUUAUGUUCCCUUUCCUUUUUCUUGUUUUUCUUAUUCAGAGAGAAUCCCAUUGCAGAAGCACAGUCCAAGUUAUUUCGCCCCCCCUGUUUUUCUUGAUUUUGAGUCUCACUGGUGAUGAAAUUUGUCAUCUUUGCCUCCUUUCGUUGCCCACGUUUGCCCCAUAUCUUGAAUAUCUUUUGUUGUUGAUUUGUGAGAGAUUAGUGCAAGAGAGAGAGGCAGGUGGUUUUUUCAAAAAACCAGUCUUUCUUCAUAGCAGCAAUGGUGCAAAACAAGGAAACUCAAAUGCAAUUAGAUGAGUGAUGAAGAUAACUUGAUGUUUCUGCUAGAGCGUGAGGGCAAGUUCUUCAAGUUAUUGAGAAACCUACAAACCUGAGUUACUAUAUGAGUCUUCCUUUUUGUUUUUGCAUUUUUUUAUGAGUUGGGUUUUUCAUGCUUUUAGUAUAGAUUGUGCUCAAGUGGAUAUUUGGUUGUUAUUGUUUUUCCAUUGGGACCUUUCCUUGGUUCCUGAAUAAGCACUAAAAGAUAACUCUUUUUGAGAUUGGUGAUGGGUCUCCUCGGCAGGGAUAUAUUUGGGCUGCUUUUUCUGGUGAUAGUCUUUGCAUUUCCAAGGACUGGAGAAGCUCAAUCAAGAUCCUUUCUGAUAAACUGUGGCACAAAUUCCAGUAUCACUCUGAGUGGGAGGAAAUGGGUUGGUGACUUAGCCACUAACAAUAACCUCACUCUGAGUUCCUCAGGCAUUGCUGCAUCCACUUCUACCUCAAGUGAUGAUUCAACUUACGGGCCACUCUACAAAACAGCCAGAGUGUUCACCAAUGGCUUCAACUACACAUUUCAAGGUAUUAAGGGGAACUAUUUUGUCAGGCUCCAUUUCUCUCCCUUCUCCUUUGAUAAUUACAAUGUAAAUGAGUCUUCAUUUGGAGUUGUGGCAAAUGGUCUAAAACUGUUGUCAGAAUUCAGUGUUCAUGGUGAGAUAUCAGACAAGAAUGCAUACUUGCAGAGUUUAGGAAGCAAUUCAUCUUCUUCAUUGAUUAAGGAGUACAUUUUGGCCAUCAACUUGGAUUUACUUGUCAUUGAGUUCAUCCCAGCUAAGGGAUCAUUUGGAUGUAUAAAUGCAAUCGAAAUUGUUCCGGUAGUAGAUACACUCUUUGCAGGACCAGUUAGUAAAGUGGGUGGAAAUGGUGCAAAUCAAAACAUAAUUUGGCAAGGGAUUGAAACUAUGUAUAGGUUGAACGUUGGGGGUUCUGAAAUUAAUCCCAGUCAGGAUUCAGAUCUUUGGAGAACAUGGGAAGUGGAUUCUAGCUACAUGAUCACAGCAAAUGCCGGGUUCGAAAUAAAAAACAGUUCCAAUAUUACGUAUUCGUCUGUGAAUGAUUCCUCGGUAGCUCCUCUUCUUGUGUAUGAAAGUGCAAGAACUAUGUCCAACACUGAAGUCUUGGAGAAAAAGUUCAACAUGUCGUGGAAAUUUGGAGUGGAUCCUGAUUUUGAUUAUUUAAUUCGACUGCAUUUCUGUGAGCUAGUUUAUGACAUGGAAAACCAGAGGAUUUUCAGAAUCUACAUUAACAAUAGGACUGCAGCAGAUAAUUUCAAUGUUUUUGUCCGGGCAGGGGGGAAGAAUAAAGGGUAUCAUCAGGAUUUUUUUGAUGUGGUGUCUCCGAAAGUGGACACACUAUGGAUUCAAUUGGGUCCUGACACUGCAGCUGGGGCUGCCGGAACUGAUGCUCUCUUGAGCGGCUUGGAGAUUUUCAAGCUCAGUAGAAAUGGGAAUCUUGCUUAUGUGGAGAAGUAUGGUAGAGGUGUAUCUUCACCUCGAAGACGGAGUUCAAAAACUCAACUUCUUUGGGUGGGAGUUGGAGCAGGUAUAGCUUCUGUUGCCAUUCUUGCUACUCUCCUUUUCUGUUUCUGCAAUAGAUGGAGACAAAAAUCAAGUGAAACCAAAAACAAUCCUGCUGGGUGGAGGCCAUUGUUCCUUAAUGGCUCCAUUGUAAACAGCAUUGCCAAUGCCAAGGGAGCAGCCGGAAGUCAGAAUCCAUAUGGUUCUGUGGCCUCUAUUAGAGUUGGCAAGCGGUUCAUGUUAGCAGAGAUUCGUGCAGCAACCAAUAAUUUUGAUGAAAGUUUAGUGAUUGGACUAGGAGGCUUUGGUAAGGUAUACAAAGGGGAGAUUGAUGAUGGCACUCUCGUAGCAAUCAAGCGAGCCAACCCCCAAUCUCAGCAAGGCCUGGCUGAGUUUGAGACAGAGAUUGAGACGCUUUCAAAGCUCAGGCAUAGGCAUUUGGUCUCUUUGAUUGGAUUCUGUGAAGAACAAAAUGAGAUGAUUUUGGUUUACGAGUACAUGGCAAAUGGGACUCUUAGAAGCCAUCUUUUUGGGAGUGAUCUCCCACCGCUGACUUGGAAGCUACGAGUAGAAGCAUGCAUUGGGGCAGCGCGAGGACUCCAUUACCUUCACACUGGAGCAGAGAGGGGGAUCAUCCACAGGGAUGUUAAGACAACCAACAUACUGCUAGAUGAAAACUUUGUAGCAAAAAUGUCUGACUUUGGGUUGUCUAAAACUGGUCCUGCUUUGGACCAUACCCAUGUCAGCACUGCAGUUAAAGGAAGCUUUGGAUAUCUUGACCCCGAAUAUUUUCGACGACAGCAGUUGACAGAGAAAUCCGAUGUCUACUCUUUUGGGGUAGUGCUGUUUGAAGUUGUUUGUGCUCGGGCUGUUAUAAACCCAACCUUGCCAAAAGAUCAGAUCAACCUUGCAGAAUGGGCAAUGAAAUGGCAACAACAGAGGGCACUUGAAACCAUCCUUGACCCUCGUCUUGAAGGAAGCUAUUGUCCGGAGUCAUUGAAGAAGUUUGGGGAGAUAGCAGAAAAAUGUCUUGCCGAUGAAGGGAAAAGCCGGCCAACAUUGGGGCAAGUUUUGUGGCACUUGGAGUAUGUCUUGCAGCUCCAUGAAGCUUGGAUGCGUACCAAUGCUGGAGACAAUUCUUUUACAAGUAGUCAGGCUUUUGGGGCUUUAGUUGAGGGAGAAGCAGAAGAGGGAGAAGGACCUCCGAGUUUAGAUGAAGAGACUGGUUGCAGCAGAAAGUCUACUACAAGAGGAUCAAAUGAAUCUACAGAAGAUGGAGCUGAGAUGCAUGGCCAUUGAGGAAGUGAAAUUAUAUUCAUUAUUAUAUUGCAUUAUAAAUUCUUUCAUAUAUUGUUUUAUUCACUUCUAUAUGAACUUGAAGUUUGCUAUUAUUGUAGUUACAUUUGUAGGUUUCAAACCAUUCAUUGUAAUAUAGCCUGCUACGUUCAAUUGCCUUGGUCAUACAUUUGAGAUUUCUCAA